AUGCGUUUCUCCACUAUCACCGUGUCCGCCCUCAUGGGUCUCGCUGCCGCCUCUCCCAAUGCGCUUGCCAGGCGCGAGAACGAGGCUACUACCAAAGCCAUUCAGUUUGCUGCUCAGGCCGACUGCGACAUUUUCGGCUGUGCAGCUGUCAUCGGAGCUGCGGCUUGCAUUGCAGCUUCCAUUGCCCUUGGACCGGCGGGCGUGGGCCCAGCUCUUGCUUGUGUCUCUGGCGGUGCUGCCUCGAUCUGCCCCUGUGCUCCUUGCAUCGAUGCUCUCAACGACUUUUUGGUCGACAACAACAUCUGCCCCGCGGAGUAA